UCCCGCCGGGGCUCAAGGGGCGCUACCCUCUGCUCCCUGCGGUUCCACCGCCUCCGAGGGUGGAGCCCGGCCGCCCCGCCUGCACACCUCCAGCGGCACAGGUGGCUGGGCAGGGCCUGGAAACAAAGUCAUAAGAGCAGCACCUUGAAAAAAAAAGUCCUCUCUCCUGGACUCCCCGCUCGCUAGUCGCAGGGAGCCCUCGGAGCCGCCACCAUGGGAAUGUCCAGAUCCCAGGGCUGCUUCGGUUACCCCCUGAGCAUCUUCUUCAUCGUGGUCAAUGAGUUCUGUGAAAGAUUUUCCUACUAUGGAAUGAGAGCGCUCCUGAUUCUGUACUUCAGACGGUUCAUCGGAUGGGACGAUAAUCUGUCCACGGCCAUCUACCACACGUUUGUGGCUCUGUGCUACCUGACGCCCAUCCUUGGCGCGCUGAUCGCGGACUCCUGGCUGGGAAAGUUCAAGACGAUCGUGUCGCUGUCCAUCGUGUACACAAUCGGACAGGCGGUGAUUUCAGUCAGUUCCAUUAAUGACCUCACAGACUUCGACCAUGACGGAAUCCCUGACAACCUCCCCGCACAUGUGGCACUGUCCAUGAUUGGCCUGGCCCUGAUAGCUCUGGGAACUGGAGGAAUAAAGCCCUGUGUGUCUGCGUUUGGUGGAGACCAGUUCGAAGAGGGCCAGGAAAAACAAAGAAACCGAUUCUUUUCCAUCUUUUAUUUGGCCAUUAAUGCUGGAAGCUUGCUUUCUACUAUCAUCACUCCCAUGCUCAGAGUUCAACAAUGUGGAAUUCACAGUAAACAAGCUUGCUACCCACUGGCAUUUGGGGUCCCUGCUGCUCUCAUGGCUGUAGCUCUGAUUGUGUUCGUCAUUGGCAGUGGAAUGUACAAGAAGUUUCAGCCCCAGGGUAAUGUCAUGGCUAAAGUUGUCAAGUGCAUUGGUUUUGCCCUCAAAAAUAGGUUUAAGCAUCGGAGUAAGGAGUUUCCCAAGAGGGAGCACUGGCUGGACUGGGCUAAAGAGAAAUAUGAUGAGAGGCUCAUCUCUCAAAUUAAGAUGGUUACGAGGGUGAUGUUCCUGUAUAUCCCGCUCCCAAUGUUCUGGGCCUUGUUUGACCAGCAGGGCUCCAGGUGGACGCUGCAAGCCACAGCUAUGAGUGGGAAAAUUGGACUUCUUGAAAUUCAGCCGGACCAGAUGCAGACCGUGAACGCCAUCUUGAUCGUCAUCAUGGUCCCCAUUGUGGAUGCCGUGAUAUAUCCUCUGAUUGCAAAAUGUGGCUUCAAUUUCACCUCUUUGAAGAAGAUGACAGUUGGAAUGUUCCUGGCUUCCAUGGCUUUCGUGGUGGCGGCAAUUGUGCAAGUGGAAAUUGAUAAAACUCUUCCAGUCUUCCCCAAACAAAACGAAGUCCAGAUUAAAGUACUGAAUAUAGGAAAUGAUAACAUGACUGUAUAUUUUCCUGGAAGCACGGUGACACUUGGCCAAAUGUCCCAGACAAAUGAAUUUAUGACGUUUGAUGUAGACAAACUGACAAGUAUAAACAUCUCUUCUACUGGAUUACCCAUCACUCCAGUAACUCAUAAGUUUGAGCAGGGCCAUCGCCAUACCCUGCUAGUGUGGGCCCCCAAUAACUACCGCGUGGUAAAGGAUGGCCUUAACCAGAAGCCAGAAAAAGGAGAAAAUGGCAUCAGAUUUAUAAAUAGUUUCGAUGACAGCUUCAACAUCACAAUGGAUGGGAAAGUGUAUGUGAACGUCACCAGUCACAAUGCCAGCGAAUAUCAGUUUUUUCCUUUGGGCGUAAAAAGCUUUACGCUAAGCCCAACACAACAGACUCCACCACAGUGUAAGAAUGAUUUCCAAUCAUCCAACCUGGAAUUCGGUAGUGCCUAUACCUAUGUAAUCAGAAGGAAGAGUGACGGCUGUGCUGAAUUGCACAUGUUUGAAGAUAUUGCACCCAACACAGUUAACAUGGCUCUGCAGAUCCCACAGUAUUUCCUGAUCACCUGCGGUGAAGUGGUUUUCUCUGUCACGGGAUUGGAGUUCUCAUAUUCUCAGGCCCCCUCCAACAUGAAGUCGGUGCUUCAGGCGGGAUGGCUAUUGACAGUGGCUGUCGGCAACAUCAUUGUGCUUAUUGUAGCAGGAGCAGGCCAGUUCAGCGAACAGUGGGCUGAGUACAUUCUGUUUGCGGCCUUGCUUCUGGUUGUCUGCGUGAUAUUUGCCAUCAUGGCCCGUUUCUAUACUUACAUCAAUCCAGCGGAGAUCGAGGCUCAGUUUGAUGAUGAUGACAAGAAAAAGAGCCUGGAAAAUAUCUAUUCCACGGUGACUCCCGUCUCACAGACGCAGAUGUAAAUGUCAGGAAGCAAGUGGAGGAUGGACUGGGUCCAGAACAUGCCCUGGCUUCUGUCCCCUGGUGGCAGGACACUCUGAUGGGGAAGACUUCAGAAUUGCGAACCAAGAAAGCUCUUUUCUAAAAGCUGCCAGCGGUGAACCUAAAAGUCUGGAAGAAGUCUUUUUUUUUUUUUUUUUUUUAAAGAAAAGUCAUAUUUAAAGCAUGCACACAUACACACAUGCAUACACUUCUACAACCAUGAGUCUAUAUCCUGCCUUUAACUCCUUUUCUACCACAUGAAUGAAGUUAUUUUGGACUAAACUUUUUGAAAGGGUGGCAAAGUUCCAUAUUGUUUGCAUUCCAGCACUCUUUGAAAACACUGUUCGAUGCGGCAGGAGCCAAUGUGAAAAAGUGAAUUUACAGGCUUUAGAAUGGUAUAUAAUAAGCACCGGCUAGUAUUAACUGAUAACUUUACCUUUUGUUUUUUGUUUUGUUUUUUCCAUUCCCUACCUCUUUAAAUUUUGUGUGACUCAAAAAGACCACUCAGGUAAAGGCCAGUAAUGACUUUUGGAGUUUCAGGAAUGUAUGAAAUACCUUCCUGUUCUUAAGAUUAAGUGUCUGUGUGUUCUGGGGGUAGGAUAAGAAAUCCUUAACAUGGGUCUUGAUUCUAAAAGUCAUGUACACUCAAUAAAAUGUCAUCAGAGGUUGAUAAAAGUAUGAACAAAAGCAAUGCCCACGUACAAUAAAUUCCAGGAACAUGAAAUAUAAGGUUUAUUUCUUCCCAGUCCUAUUUUUCCCAGGGAUAUAGAGGUUUCUACAUGCAUAUUUAUGUACCAUCUUGUUUUUCUUGAUACUCAUAAGCAUUUUUCUGCUGGAACAAAAAUUCUUGUAGAGCGUUAUAAAGACUUCGUGCUUGA